AUGGCGAAAAAGACAGUUAGGCAGCAGGACUUCAUGAAGAAGAAGCUCAAGGUAGGUAAACCCAAACAAAAGCCAAGCAAUGUAACAGACACGUCUUUCCAGAUGAAACGGAUCUCUUUGCCCUCCCAAACCAGGAUUAGCGGUCCUGGCUCGAGUAAGGGAGACGGCUCGGGCAUUGACUUAAACGCAGAGAUGGUGAAGAGAGUAACGCUUCUCAGACAUCACAGCGACGUUACAAGAAAAGAGACAGUUAUAUACUACGAAUCCAUGAUCCCUAGGAUAAUCCAUCUCCCCUGCAUGAGCAACCUAAUGCAAGCGGCCAUCCCACUAAUAUGCGACUCGUCCAAACAGGUGAGGGAUGAGCUCGUGAAGCUCUUCGACACCAUCGGGAAGAACGACCCCAACGUGUUGAAACUACAGAUCCGCGCCCUAACGCUCUAUUUAAACAACGCAAUGACACAUAUUAUCACCCCGAUCCAACGAGACGCCGGAAUGUUCAUGCAAGUGCUCAUGAGGUACUGCGGUGACGACUUGGUCAGACAAGCCUGGAUUAAAAUGCUCAAGGGUUUCUUCCAGGUGCUCGGAUGGACGUUAACCGCUCCAAACAGCUCCAAAAAGGCACAAACAACAAGCAUGGGUAUCACAAGCAGCAGUGUCGUGAGCAUGAACAAGAAUAAGAAACACAAGAACGAAAACUUGAAAGCUAUGCUAGAAUUCAUCAGAAUCGGAACCGGUGCCCUCUCCACACAAGAACAAAACGACCAAACGGCUACCCAAUCCGACGCCGACGCUGCCGCUGCCGCUGCCACUGCAGCACCAGCUCCAUACCUACCGUACAUGAUCCCAGAGUUCCCACAACCCUACGCAUACUUGAAACUCUUCAUAAAGCAAUUCGCCCAAGAUAGCGUGUCACGUGCAACUAAUUCCUCUACAAACCUAAACUCUACAGGCGCCGUCAGCGACGAUGCAUCCCUACAAGAAUUAGAAACCUUAUCCUUCGAAGACCCCGUAACAAGAACUAAGAUAUUCCAGCAGUACUUCUACCCUAGCAUCAAAAGGCAAUUACCGGCCCUCAUCAAGGAUGGAGGCGAGUGCGGCCGCACUGCCCAUUCAUUCUCUAAUGUUCUACAACAAAUUAUCGAGUGA